GUGACAGCUGGGCUCGCAGCGCUCCGCUCCAGUCUGGUAAGAAGCUUCAUCUCCAAAUAGGAUGACCGUCGGCUUUUGUGGAGGGGACUGAAUUAUGCGCAGUAGCUAGUUCUGGAACACCCGGUUUGUUCAGUUUACGAGACAGGAGUUUGAAAUCCGAAACAUUGUUUUUUCUCUCUAGUGUGGAUUUCCAAUGGAUAUUCCGAUUUGAAGAGGUGUGAUUUGAGAGCGGCAUGUAACAAAAAGAAGCGCAUGAGAAAAGUAGCGCUCGUAUUGUUAUUCUGACCGAGCACCGUCUGAACCGCUUUGAGAGCCAUACCUCAUGGAUUACUAAAAGAUAUAGCUGUAAAAACUCCGAGGCAUAUCCAUUCAUGAGCUGAAGGUUGAGGUAAAUCUUUAGCACCAGCAGAGCACCAGGAGUAGCAGCAGCAGCAGCAGCAGUGUUGGUGCGACCAUGAGGUCAGAGGCCUUGUUACUCUACUUCACGCUACUGCAAUUAGCCGGGGCGGGCUUCCCCGAAGACAGCGAGCCUAUUAGCAUCUCACACGGCAACUACACAAAACAGUAUCCAGCGUUUGUUGGCCACAAACCUGGCAGGAACAACACGCAGCGGCACAAACUGGACAUCCAGCUGAUCAUGAUCAUGAACAGGACGUUAUACAUUGCUGCCAGGGAUCACAUAUACACGGUGGACACAGACACUUGCCAACAGUGAUGAGUCUUUUUCAGCAAGGUGAGUGAGACGUCUCUGCCUCUGAGGACUUGUUGUUCUCAGUGUGUCGUGGUUG